AUGCCCCAGUGCGAUGAGGAGGGGCGGUACCGGCCCCUCCAGUGCCACAGCAGCACUGGGCACUGCUGGUGUGUGGACACUGCCGGGCAAGAGAUCGCUGGCACACGGACAGCACCAGGCAGCACGCCACCUCGCUGUGGGAACACAGAGCCCACGGAGCGGCCCCCCACCAUGUGUGAGCGCUGGCGGCAGAGCUUGCUGGAGCACUACGGCGGCAGUCCCCGACCCGACCAGUACGUUCCCCAGUGCGACGCGGACGGUCAGUUCACUCCAGUACAGUGCCACGGGGACAGCGGGUACUGCUGGUGCGUGGAUGAGAGUGGCAGGGAGAUCCAGGGCACCCGUUCGGAGCCUGGCAGCACCCCACCAUGUCUCCCCAGCGUCGCACCGCCCAGCGUCCGGCCCUCGCCCCGGCCUGAUGUGUCCCCGCCAGCCACUGGGACCUUUCUGCUCUAUGCUCAGGGACAGCAAAUCGGGUACCUCCCGCUCAAUGGCACGUGGCUGCAGAAGGACGCGGCGAAGACCCUGCUCUCCCUGCAUGGCUCCAUCGUGGUGGGGAUUGACUAUGACUGCAGGGAAAAGACCAUCUACUGGACUGAUGUGGCCGGCCGGACCAUAAACCGGGCGAGUCUGGAGGCAGGCACUGAGCCAGAGACCAUCAUCAACUCAGGUCUCAUCAGCCCCGAGGGGCUGGCAGUGGACCACCUGCGCCGAGCCAUCUUCUGGACCGACAGCGGCCUGGAUAAGAUCGAGAGAGCCCGGCUGGACGGCUCCGAGCGCCGUGUGCUGUUCGACACGGAGCUCGUCAACCCCCGCGCCAUCACCGUGGACCCCGUCCGAGGCAACCUUUACUGGACGGACUGGAAUCGUGAAGCACCCAAAAUUGAAACGUCGACCGUCAACGGAGCCAACAGGAGGGUGCUGGUGAACACGGAUAUUGGCUUGCCCAACGGCUUGACCUUCGACCCCUUCUCCAAGCUGCUCUGUUGGGCGGACGCAGGAACGAAGCACCUGGAGUGCACGUUCCCCGAUGGUGCGGGCCGGCGCGUGAUACAGAACAACCUCAACUACCCCUUCAGCGUUGUCAGCUACGCCAGCCACUUCUACCACACGGACUGGAGAAGGGAUGGUGUGAUAGCCAUCGAUAAAGAAACCGGCUCCUUCACCGAUGAGUAUCUCCCAGAGCAGCGAUCACACCUCUAUGGAAUAACUGCAGUUUAUCCCUACUGCCCUGGAG